AUGGAUUCAAUCACUGGAGCUGGUCUGGGUCUUUACAGCCCACAACAACUCAAGGCAAGCAAAUCAGACUCCCCAUCGCCGGGCAAAAAGCCGCUCGACAAAACCCCGUUGCUGUACGAAGGCGACGAAGAGGCGAUGGCAAGGGACGAGAAGCUGUCUGUCCUUGAAAAGCUGCGUAACGAAUCAGCCGCCACCCUGCGCAAAUUUUCUCCACUCAAGAAGCGCUCCUCCUCCACCCGCUCUAACCCUCCCUUCUCACCUGCCCAUGACUCUGUCUCAGACAGGAAUACGUCUCUCGACUUGUCUCCCACAUUUGUGCCUCCCCCUCGCUUCGACUCUCUGCGUGUCCCCGACGAUUACCGCGUCAAGGUCGAGCUUACUCAAAUCCCCGCGACCUUCACCGAGGCAGACAUCGCCCAGUUCUUCCUUGGCUGGGAAAUCGAGGAAGACAUUGAGCUCAAGCAUGUCGGCAAUUUCUCCUACCCACUCAGUGCUGCGGUAUUCUUCAAGGAUCCCGAGCACGCCGAGGAUGCAGUGGCUGAGCUGAACGGAACCUGGAUCGGCGGUAGAUGUGUGCAGCUCAAGGUCAUCGACAAAUACAAGGACGAACGCAAGGCUAGAGAAGUCAAGCGUAUCAGCGAGGAAUUGAAGAAGGACAUCAUCGAUCACGCCCGCGCCAACAACCCCUUGCUCUCAUCUUCCAUCCUCGAGGUCCGCGAACUCAGCCUCCACAACCAAACCUACGCGUUUCUACAAGCCCGUGCCGCCAUCCCCGCCAUCAACCCUUUCCUCAACCCCGGAGUUGCUUUAGCUACUCACCAUCACGCGCUCCUCGCACACAACGUCGGCAAAUGGGAGCUCGUCCAAGCCGGAAGCGCCGCCAUCGACGCUGAUAGAGUGAAGUCCGACGACUCGUAUAAUUCCAAGGUCGAGGCGCUCAAGGAUCUGCUGUAUGAGGUUGGCAGGCUCGACAAGUUGAAGGGCGUUUGGGAGCAGUGGGAGGGCAGCUGGAAGAUGAAUAUGGAUGGCAAGAUGGAUUAA